AUGCAUGAUGACAUCAGAAAGAAGCCUCCAGCUGCACGCCUCUCAAAGCCUGCAGCUGCCCGCCUCUCCCAGCCUCCAGCUGCCCGCCUCUCCCAGCCUGCAGCUGCACGCCUCUCCCAGCCUGCAGCUGCACGCCUCUCCCAGCCUCCAGCUGCACGGCUCUCCCAGCCUGCAGCUGCACGCCUCUCCCAGCCUGCAGCUGCACGCCUCUCCCAGCCUCCAGCUGCCCGCCUCUCCCAGCCUCCAGCUGCCCGCCUCUCCCAGCCUGCAGCUGCACGCCUCUCCCAGCCUCCAGCUGCACGCCUCUCCCAGCCUGCAGCUGCACGUCUUUCCCAGCCUCCAGCUGCACGCCUCUCCCAGCAUGCAGCUGCACGCCUCUCCCAGCCUGCAGCUGCACGCCUCUCCCAGCCUGCUGCUGCACGCCUCUCCCAGCCUGCAGCUGCACGCCUCUCCCAGCAUGCAGCUGCACGCCUCUCCCAGCCUCCAGCUGCACGCCUCUCCCAGCAUGCAGCUGCACGCCUCUCCCAGCCUGCAGCUGCACGCCUCUCCCAGCCUGCAGCUGCACGCCUCUCCCAGCCUGCAGCUGCACGCCUCUCCCAGCCUGCAGCUGCACGCCUCUCCCAGCCUGCAGCUGCACGCCUCUCCCAGCCUGCAGCUGCACGCCUCUCCCAGCCUGCAGCUGCACGCCUCUCCCAGCCUGCAGCUGCACGCCUCUCCCAGCCUGCAGCUGCACGCCUCUCCCAGCAUGCAGCUGCACGCCUCUCCCAGCCUGCAGCUGCACGCCUCUCCCAGCCUGCUGCUGCACGCCUCUCCCAGCCUCCAGUUGCCCGCCUCUCCCAGCCUGCAGCUGCACCUAAGAACUCCAUUCCGGCUAUUAACAGUUUAAAGUAA